AUGCAGCAAGAUCCAACCGAAGAAAUCCAAAUUCUUCUGCGAUUCAAAGGAGUUCCCAAUAUUAUUACUCUGCGCGAUAUUUAUGAAUGUAAUAGCAAAAUCUACCUGGUCACGGACUACAUGUCUGGAGGUGAACUUUUGGAUAAAAUUAUGCGCCAAAAAUCAUUCACAGAAAUGGAGGCUUGUGCUAUUGUUGAAGUUCUUGCCUCUACUCUUAAUAUUCUCCAUAAUCAAAUGGUAGUCCAUCGUGAUCUAAAACCAUCAAACAUUCUUUACGCAGAUGCGAAUGAGUCACCGAAAAGUCUCUAUAUUUGUGAUUUCGGAUUCGCCAAGCAGCUUAGAGCGGAAAACGGUCUGCUCAUGACCCCUUGCUACACGGCCCAAUUUGCUGCUCCGGAGGUUUUGAAGAUGCAGGGCUAUGAAAAGGCAUGCGAUAUUUGGAGCUUGGGUGUUAUCCUUUAUACCAUCUUAUCUGGGCGAAUACCCUUUGCAACUGGUCCGAACGAUCCUCCUGACGUUAUUCUUCAAAGAAUUGAAAUGGGACCACCUCAGUUGAAAGAAUCCUGUUGGAAUUCUAUAUCAAACGAAGCAAAGCAAUUGGUCCUCAGCAUGCUAAAUGUGGAUCCUAGUCAACGACCAACAGCUGCUGAGAUAUUGAGUGAUCCUUGGAUCAAAAAUCGAAAUUCUCUUUCCAAAAACCCACCAUAUUCCCUUCAAUUACCCGACGCUCAAACUGUUAAGGCCACAGUAGUGGGAUUCUUUAAAGCCUUGAAAUCGAGUCCAAAAACUGAAUUGGAACCUGUUGGAUCAUCGUUCUUGGCCCAACGACGGGCAAAAUCCAAGACCCUUCCUGGUGACGGUAGCAAUAGCAGCACCUGA